UCCUCCACCUCGAUGCUUGCUGAAGAGGGUGUGACACACGAGAAGGAGGCUUGCUUGCGAUGCGCUGGCGCCAGCUCCUGCUUCCCGACCACGAGCCCCCGCAUCCCGCAGCACCGCCUGCACGCUCAGCUCUCACACCCAGCUCUCCACACCUCCCUCCCGCAAGCCGUCCAGCAUGGGCGUUCGCAACGCCGGCGCCAUGGUCGAGGCCCAGAAGCUCGAGAAGCUCAAGAUCAAGAUGGUCGACUGCGCGAGCGGCCGCUCGUACGUCUACACAGUGUGCACGGCGACGUCCAUCAGCAGGCUCGGACAGAUGUUCGGAGCCAGCGACGGGUGGGGCGGCCGCCUCAGGAUCUUCGACGACGGCCGCCGCUGCCAGGAGCACGAGACUGUUCAGACCCUACUUGACGACGCGCGCGAGCACGAUGAAGGUCCUGACUCGGACGGUGUCUACAGGCUUGACGUUAUGAAGUGCAUGUGCGGAUGCUAGUGCUCGCCUGCCGCGCGAGAUGGUCUCCAAGGCCUCGAUCUUCAACACCGGCACCUCCUCGCCUUCGCUUCAGCCCCAUCUCACGACGCACCGCUCCUCUUCUCGUGCGUCGCGCUCACAAUUGAGCCUGUGUCACCAAUGUCACGACGCACUUCCACACUCUCAGCCUGAUCCCCUCUCUCGCUGAUGUUGCCG